CUCAUAGAUGUAUAAGACUCUUUUGUGUGUUAGUGUUAUUGAAUGCAUUGUAUCAUCAAUGCUUAAUUAACUUUUCUCUGGGCAGGUGCUGGUGAUGGAGGUGCGGGAGAUCAAACAUCUACCACCAAACAGAAUAUUUUACUGCACGAUGGAGGUGGAGGGUGGAGAAAAGCUUCAGACUGACCAAGCAGAGGCAUCAAAACCAAUGUGGGACACACAAGGGGAUUUCACAACAACACAUCCACUACCUGGUGUCAAAGUAAAGCUGUAUACAGAAUCAGCAUCUAUGCUUUCCCUAGAUGAUAAGGAACUAGGCAAGGUUGUUCUACAUCCCACAGCCAUGUCAUCCAAGGUACCUGAAUGGUACAAGAUGCAAGUUCCAAAAAAUUCACCUGAAAAUAAUCUUAGAAUUAAGAUUGCUGUCAGAAUGGAUAAACCACAAAACUUAAAACAUUGUGGCCAUCUGUAUGCUCUAGGGAAGAGUUGCUGGAAAAAGUGGAAGAAAUGGUAUUUUUGUUUAGUACAAGUGUCCCAGUACACAUUUGCCAUGUGUAGCUACAGAGAGAAGAAAAGCGAACCCACCAAGAUGAUGCAGCUGGACGGGUAUACAGUGGACUACAUUGAGGCAGUGUCAGCUCAGCUUAUGGUUGGAAUGGGUAAGUGCUAAAAUCAAAUGCUGCUGUAUUUCCAUGCAUGACAUUACAGUAGACAGAGCAUGAUAAUAGAGCAGCAUCUCUUUGUUUUUUCAUUCUUUAUAGCCCCCUCUUCAAAAAUUUAUGCUUUUCAUGCAUUCAGUCAGAUUGCUUAAUUAUUAUUAGUAAUAGCUGAAUUAUAAAUAUACCAAUAACUCUAGAAAAAAAUGGAAGUAAAUAAGGAAAAGAUUCCAUUUGUUCUGCCAUGGAACUUCAAUGCAGUUUGAGCAAUAGUUUUUAUUUCCAUGUUCUUCCAAAACUGGAUUGGAAAGCCAGGUAAUAGAGUAUGAAUUCAUGUAGCAUACCUGACUCAUAGUACAGUGUUGAUGAAAUUCCAGUCCAUAGCACAUAGAUGCAACAUCCAGCUUUGGAUUGAAAGUGAAGGUAAAGAAACUUGGAGGGAACAGAAUUUCCUCAGACGUGUUUCAGUUAAGAAAAGGAGAUGAAGAGAGCUUGUUUCACAAAUUAAAAAUUAGAUUUAAUGCUGUAAAUGAUGAAGUGUAGAAAAAAUUGAGGCAUUGUCAAGACACUUUGACUUGGUACUAGAAGAGCAGUCUGACCUGGGGACAUUAAUCCCCAGAAAGACAUUAAUCCCCCUUUCCAGAAAGGGAAUCUGAGGCUGAUUGUAUUAUUUGAAUUAUUUUCAUUUUUUAACUUUUGAAUGAAAGAUUUACAGGCUUUGAGUGCAUGUAUAGUGUUGUGUGAAGGAAGAGAAUUAUAUUUAGAGGUCAGGCUGUGAUUGCUUCCCUUUGUUUUGUGAGACACAAAGAGAAACAUUCAAGGAGGACACAGCUGAAUCAGAAGCAUCCACAGCACCCACCUAUGCCAGUGCUUAUGAGACCUUCCUUGGAGUAAUUACCAUUUCAGCAGGUGUAUACUGCCUCCUCCUUCAAUUUUUUAUGUAAGAUACUAGAUACCUAUCACUAUUGAAAACAUUUAGAUAAAAAAACAGGAUGUACCUGUGCAACAUUAAAUAAGUAGUGGAUGCAUAUUGCUCUAUGAAGUAUGUAUUAGUAAUGGUAUGAGUAGGAUAUAAUAUAUCAUCUUGCCACAAACAAUUAAGUGGGUUUUGAGCUAUUGAUUUUUAAAGAUCUAAAAAAAUAGUUGAGCAUUACACAUCUAUAGGAUCACCUGUAUUUGAGAUCAUAAGAAGAUAUUGUAUAUUUUGUUAUGUGUUUAUUUAUUUACUUAUCUCGUCCCCCCCAAAAAAAAAAAAUCUCAUCUUUCAGAUGCUAACUUUGAAGUUCCUGUUUGCCCAGUAUGAAUUAUUACUCUGAUGUUGGGAAUCCAACUUGUGUAACAUUUCUAAAGAAGACAAAAAAAAAGUUAUCAUCACUUCCUCUUUAACUUUUCUAUUUUCACUUACAUAAUUUUCUCUGGACUAAAUGAUGUCCUAGAUUACUUGUUGCCAGUGCUUUUACCUGCAUUUCAAGAGACACUGCUGUUGUUGUUGUUGGAGGGAAUGAAGGCAUUUCAUAGUUAGGUAAACACAUAUGUGAGUGGAGGGAGGGUUUAAUGAGAGUGGAAGUGGGAUAGGUAUUGGGUGAUGUUUCAUGUUUGUUUAAUAUACUUAUUUAUAGUUGUAUGAAUGAGGGAAAUAAAAGCUAAAGUGGUAGAAAUCUUGAACCAUUUAGAAUAGGAUUGUGAUAAUGUGUUUGUUAGCAGAUGACAUUGUUGUCUGCAUAGAGUGUAAGGUAACCUCAGAGAAUGGUAGAUGAAUUUUAUAUUAUGUAUUUGUGUGAAAUGGAAACUGAAGGUGAAUAUCAGAGAGGAAAUGAAAUGGUUCUUGAGAGAAAAAGACAUAGAUGUAUGAUAUUAGUAUACAUUUGUGUUAGUUGUCACCAGAAGAUACUGUACGUGUAACAGGUAGCAUAGGUGCCCAGCAGGUAGAAUAUCCCAUGUUUGAUCCCCAGGCAGUCCUUGCUUUUCUGGUGAGACUUAAUAGCUCCAGUGAGGAGGAUCUGCAGGGCACACAAUCUCCCAGUCAGUGCAUGUGAUGUGGCCUGUGUGUGAGUUGUUACCAGAGUGUACCAUGAUCCAGUGGAUAGCAUAGCCACCCAGCAAGCAGAAGGUCCUGGGUUCAGUCCCCAGGGUGUACCUGUGUGUGAAACUCCCUAGCUUCAACACCUAACUUAUAGGAUGAGUGUACCAGCAGUAGUAGGUUGUGAAAUAGUUCUAGGAGACAGAAUGAAGGAAUUAUAAAAGAGCAGUGCUAAGGAUAUGAAAUGGGGAAAUAUGCCAUUGGAAGUAGAGAAUGUUAAUUGGAAGGAUUAUGAAAGAAAAAUACCCCUUGAGAUCAAGAAGUUUAAGGAAAAGUAUUAUUCUAUUAAUAUUCAUGUAUGAAUCAGAGGCUUAGAUAUGGAACAAAGCUCAGCAUUCAAGAGUACAGUGAUGCCCUACAUAUUUGCAGUUCAGUAUUUGUGGUUUCCCAUAUUUGGAGAUUUUUUCCUAAUCUAAUUUAACUAAUGGGGAGUUUUCAGAGUUGCCAGAUGUCAAUCUUUUGGCCCAAAGAGCCUGGAUUAUUCUUUCAAUUAUUGUAAAUUACAGUAACCCUCAAUAUAACAAACACGUAGGGGGAGGUGGGUCGCUAA